AUGGGAAAAAGAAUUGUGGUGGACAAAGCUUAUCUCUACGAAGAAGACAAACCACUCACCGUCUGCAAAACUUCUCUUUUCUACACCGGCGAUGGUUUCGCCGCCUACGACUGUAACGGCGAUAUCAUCUUCAGGGUCGAUUCGUACGGACCAGACACUAGAGAUAACGAUGAGUUUGUCCUCAUGAACGCUACCGGAAAGUGUCUCCUCACCGUUAAACGAAAGAGACCGACUCUGCACCAGAGAUGGGAAGGGUUUCUCGGAGAGAGAUCGGAGGGUCAGAAACCGAUCUUUAGCGUCCGGAGAUCGUCGAUAAUCGGACGGUGCACGAUGGAAGUAGAAGUGUACGACGGAGCAGGAGAAGAGUACAUAAUCGAAGGAGACUUCUCGCAACGAAGCUGUGUCAUAUACGACACAGAGAAGAGAACUGUGGCUGAGAUUAAACGCAAAGUAGACGUGUCAACGAACGUGAUGCUUGGUCGUGAUGUGUUCACUCUCGACAUUAAACCUGGUUUCGAUGGUGCUUUCGCUAUGGGUUUGGUUCUUGUACUUGACCAGAUCAACGGUGAUGAUCCUGUUGAGAUUGGUGAUGAACAGGUGCACCCUUUCGUAGAGGAUUAA